AUGGGAAAAGUUCACGGAUCGCUCGCCCGCGCUGGUAAAGUCAAGUCGCAAACACCGAAGGUCGACAAGACCGAGAAGAAAAAGACACCAAAGGGCCGUGCCAAGAAGCGCAUUCUCUACAACAGACGCUUCGUGAAUGUAACAACACUACCAGGUGGCAAACGCCGAAUGAACCCCAAUCCCGAGAAGUAA